GAAUUGAAGUUGAAAAGUGCCAAACAUUCUGUUUAACUAUGUGUUAGUUAUUUUGUGUUGGCUGAAUAUUUUUAACAAAAGUUUUCAUUUCACUUAUAAGUUCAGUUUGAAUGGGACACAACAUGCAUCUCUGGAGUAGCAUUGUAUCCUUUUGGCACUUUGGAGUCUUUUCAAAGGGUUCUUUCACCGUUUGGGCUUACAGAUUCUUGUCCAUUUGAUCGACACUUGACCGCCAUCGAUUCUGGCUUGACCGCCGCCAUACCGUCUCCACCUUCGAAGGUCUCAGCCUGUUGCCAUCGUCAUACUGCCGAAACUUUGGCCUGUUGAAAGCCAUCGUGUUCCUGUGCACUGUUCAAGCAUGUCAAACGGAUCUCGUGGUAAAGAUCACUUCGAUUCUCUUCCUAGAGAACCAAUGGGAGAGGUCGUGGCGAUUCCAUCCGCGGUCGAGGUCGAUAUCCGGGAAGUCGUGGAGGAGGAGGUCAGACCAGAGCGAUAUGAUGAUGAUUUUUCUGCUGGCCCUUCCUCCAAUCCUCCUAAUGCUCAAGCUUUGUACACUGCCUAUCCCACUGAUUCCAGUUAGAAUUAGCACCGUGACUCUGGUGAAACAACUCACGUGACUUCCGAUCUCUCAAGGUUGAAUAACCUUACUUCUUAUCACGGCUCAAACUCGGUUUCCGCCACUAGAGGACAAUCUCUACCGAUAUCGUACGUUGGUUCAGGAAAAGUUACUACAUCUGCAAGUACUUUUACCAUAUCUAAUAUCCUCUACGUCCCUGACCUAAAAAUUCACCUCUUUUCAAGUUCACCAAUUUAUCACUCACAAUAACAGUUCUCUUCUUUUUCCCUUAAGAAAUUUUUUAUCCUAGA